UCCAAAAGGUGUCCUUAUUCUAGCUCGGCGAUGCAUCCGACGAAUUUGCAUCCCACUCACUCCUUCCUCCCACUCGGUCGAUUCUUCAACCUACUCAAAAGACAUCCAUUAUCUCAUGGCCGGUUGCAAUGCAUGAUCAAGCACGAUAUAGAAGAAAAGUGUAACAAUAAUCUGAUGAUCUAUAUGUACUCUACUAGCUAAGCUAGGUGUUUUCCCUUCGACAAUCAACAGCAUCUAAUUGAUCUCACAGUCUCACUAGCUCACACUCAAUUCACUUGUAAGCUUGAUCGAUCCAUCGUCCAUGGCGGCCCAGGAAGAAGGCACGGCACCGCGGGCACCGAUUCCUCUGCUGACGCAAUAUAAAAUGGGCGAGAGGAUCGAGCUGGCGCACAGGGUGGUGCUGGCUCCGCUGACGCGGCAGCGGUCCCCGGGGAACGCGCCGCAGCCGCACGCCGCCGUCUACUACGCGCAGCGGGCCACCGCCGGCGGGCUCCUCGUGACCGAGGCCACGGGCGUCUCCGCCGCCGCGCAGGGCCACAGGCCGACCCCGGGCGUGUGGACGGCGGAGCAGGCGGCGGCGUGGGGCCCCGUCGUCGGCGCCGUGCACGCCAGGGGCGCCGUGUUCUUCUGCCAGCUCUGGCAUGUUGGCCGCGUCGUGGGCGAGCUCUGCCCCGCGCCGGAGCCGGACGGGAUGAUGCAGCAGUUGCAGCAGCAGCCGGUGUCUAGCACGGAUAAGGGGAUCGGAGCGCAGAUGCACGACGGCGGCGUCGAGGAGUUCGCGACGCCGAGGAGGCUCGCGGCGGAGGAGAUUUCUGGGAUCGUUGAUGAUUUCAGGAAAGCCGCCCGGAACGCCAUUGACGCCGGUAUGCAACGAGGACGACGAACUCCCCUGCUUUGUUCUCCUCUGCUAUGCUAUGUUUUGCCUGCAGGGUUCGAUGGCGUGGAGAUACACGGGGCACACGGGUACAUAGUGGAGCAGUUCCUCAAGGACAGCGUCAACGACCGUGAAGACGACUGUGGCGGCAGCCUUGAGAACCGGUGCCGCUUCGCACUUGAGGUGGUUGAGGCCGUGGCGAGGGAGGUCGGCGGCCACCGUGUGGGUGUCCGCCUCUCCCCCUUCGCCGACUACAUGGACUGCCACGACUCCGACCCGCAUGCUCUCGCCCUUUACAUGUCCACCAAGCUCAACGAUUACGGGAUACUCUACCUCCACAUGGUGGAGCCAAGGAUGGCGCGCCUCGAUGGGCGACGGGUGGUGCCAAAGCGGUUGCUGCCGUACAGGCAGGCGUUUAAGGGCACGUUCAUUGUCGCUGGUGGGUACGACCGGGAGGAGGGGAACAAGGUGGUCAGUGAAGGAUACGCUGACUUGGUGGCGUUUGGAAGGUUGUUCUUGGCCAAUCCAGACUUGCCAAGAAGGUUUGGACUCAAUGCGGAGCUCAACAAAUAUGACAGGGCCACCUUUUACACAUCUGACCCCGUUGUCGGCUACACCGAUUACCCCUUCCUCGACAGAUGACCCGAGCUAGUUUUGUGUUUGAUUUUUUGCAUGUAGUAGAUAUAUCGACUCUUCUGGUUUGUUUCAUAAUUGUUUCUUGGAGCAUUUACUAGAUAAUUGUAAGAUAAAGGACACGCUAACGCAACACAAAGCUAGAGUCAAUUGUCGAUACUAUCUCGGGUACACAUACAGUGGGUACUUCGACCAGACACAAUUAUAUGUUUGACAACAUUAAAAAAUCAAUACAAUAGUAUCACUAUA